CCGACGUCCGCUCCGACCGCCCAACCCACGCCCACUUCGGGACCGACGCCCCCUGCGCCGACAACGAAGCCGACCAGCAGCCCCACGACCAAGCCCACCAGCAGCCCCACGACCAAGCCCACCGCCAGACCCACGACCAAGCCCACGACCAGUCCCACGUCCAAGCCCACGACCAAGCCCACGAACAAGCCGACGCCGACGUCCAAACCGUCGGGUGUUGUCAAGAAGCGCUGGGAACAGUGCGGUGGCAAAGACUACAAGGGCAGUUCGCAAUGCGCCGACGGCACCUCGUGCUUCAAGCAGGACGAGUGGUACUCGCAGUGUAUUCCGUUGUCCAACAGCAAAAACCACUAA